UGAACUUUCUUCAUACUUUGUCCCUUCCUUCUUCAAGCAAUCUCACAACAUCUUACGAAGGAGUGCCGUUGAAUUAGAAUACAAGAGGAAUUACAGGAAACAGCCACAGGUCUACUUUAAAAAGAUGGAGAGGUUACCAACGACUUUGGCAGUUUGUCAGAGCACAACUAUAAAGCAGUGGCCUUCAUCAAGUUCCAGUACGUGGGAACAGUUUAGUAUUUAUUUAUAUCUGCUGAUCAUUCUUCACAACCAUUGCUGUCUUUUAGGGUAAUCAUCACCACACGUGACAAUAUAACAAAUUGUGGAGACGGUUGACGCCUGAGUUCGAAAUGAAGAAGACCGUGGUAUUAGUCACAUUUGGUGUCCUUGUGACCAUGUUUGUUUUGAACACCCUGAUUCUUCUCUCAUCAUGGAAUUUGACUCCGCGUAUUAAAUCACAUAAAACCUCCAGUCAGAUGGAAUUUCCACUGAGUUUGCAAGGUUUUAAACAAGAACAACACCCAAAAACAGAAACAAAGAAAUUAUUCACCACGCUUGGUAUUAAGAAAUCAACUGAACCAUCUGUUAAAAUCAACACAUUAAACAAGAGGACUCCCCGGUCUAAUCUCAUUAUAUUGAGCCCAGGCAGAGGAGGAUCUUCAUUCUUAGGAGGAGUAUUUGAUGCUAAUCCUGAUAUCAUGUAUUGGUUUGAGCCGCUACACACUUUAUCCCGCGGCAUAUAUGAACUCCAUUUGUACAAAGACAAAGAGAGAAAAAUUCAGUACAGCAAAACUGCUAUCAACCUAAUCAAUAGCUUUUUCAACUGCAGUUUCACUCAGAUCCCUAAAGACAUUAUGUCUGCAUUAUCUAAUAGCAUAUUUCGGAUGCGAAGUGCAUCACUGAGCAGUAGCCAUUUGUGCCCAACAAAAAACAAAAGGAAAAAGUGUCUGCCUUACUCAGCGGAAUUACUUAACAAAGUUUGUCACUCCUCUAAACAUACUGUACUCAAGAUCUUGAUUCAUCGUUUACCAAACAACACUCUGGAAAGUUUUCAGGAAAUUUUCCAGCAACAGAGAUAUAAUUCAAAACUGAUUCACCUAGUUCGUGAUCCAAGAGCUGUGGCAUAUUCCAUGGUCAACUCAGUCCAAUGGUUAAAUGUGACCAGUGAAUCACAUCAAAGAUUUCGCGACACUCUUCAGAGAAUUUGUACCUACAUUGAAAGAAACAUUAAAUUUGGCAUGUUUUCUUCUCCUUCAUGGCUAAAAAAUCGCUUUCGAGUGAUACGCUUCGAAGAUUUUGUUAAUAAUACAACAAAAAUAGCAAAGGAUCUCUACAAAUUUACAGGGUUUGCUUGGUCUGUAAAUGUUAAUAAAUGGAUUGAAAAACAUCAGAAAAAACCGCACAAAAAUAAUGAAAAGGAUCCUUAUUCACUUUAUAGAGACGCUUCGCUGGUUAUAAACAAGUGGAAGAAAGCUCCACGGAGCUUAAUUACAGCGGUAGAGCAAGUUUGUGGUAAUUUGAUGGACAUGCUUGGCUACGAAAGAAUGAUUAAAUCAGAACAAUUGGAAAAUGAGAAUCGUAACUCAUUUGUGAGAACCUGAUUAUGAAUAAACACUUCCAGAGAAUCA